AUGCUGGAAAGUUGCGAGCAUUGUUUUCCCUCCUUUUAUCCCUCUCUCCCUCUCUCUCUCCCCCUCUCUCUCUCUCUUUCCUUUUCUCCCUCUCUCCUUUCCCUCCUCUCCCUCUCUCCUUUCCCCUCUCUCCCUCUCUCCUUUCCCCUCGUUCUCUCUCUCCUUCGUUUUCCCUCGUUCUCUCUCUCCUUCGUUUUCCCUCGUUCUCUCUCGUUCGUUUUCCCUCGUUCAUCCAUUCUCUCUCAAAUUCCUUUUCCCUCAUUCUCACCCUACAUUCUCUCUCGUUCGUUUUCCCUCGUUCGUUUUCCCUCGUUCUCUCUCGUUCGUUUUCCCUUCUUUUUCCCUCGUUUUCCCUUUUUCCCUCGUUUUCCCUUUUUCCCUCGUUUUCCCUUCUUUUUCCCAAAUAACUCGUUCUUGAUAUAUUCUGUCUUUUUGCUCUUUCUCUCUCUCUCUUUCAUUCUUUUCUCUCUCUCUCUCUCUUUCAUUCUUUUCUCUCUCUCUCUCUCUUUCUUUUCUCUCUCUCUCUCUCUCUCUUUCAUUCUUUUCUCUCUCUCUCUUUCAUUCUUUUCUCUCUCUCUCUUUCAUUCUUUUCUCUCUCUCUCUUUCAUUCUUUUCUCUCUCUCUCUUUCAUUCUUUUUCUCUCUCUCUCUUUUCAUUCUUUUUUUUCUCUAG